GACCUGCCUGCUCAAAAUGGCGCCCAUGGAUCCUUGAUGGAAGGAACCUGGAGUGCAGAGAGAAAAGGACAGGUGUUCUGUGAUUGUGUAAGAAAGCCUUUAAGCCACUUGCCUAAGCUUUCUUCAGCCCUCCAAAUGUGAUUAUUCCACGCCAAAUGACUCAGACUUUCUCCUGGCAGCGACUACAUGGAACAUCUUCUCCAAGCCAUUGUCCUGGAACCCUUCUUUGCGACGAAAGACAGCCAGUUUUGACAAAUGGAUCUCGUUGUGCAGCAGCCUCCAACUCCACUUGGCUUGUCUGCAGACGCGGCGAAAGCAAGAAAUCCAAGUCUGGCUGCCAGAUUGCCAUUAGCCAAGAAAUGGGAUAUGACAACACCUUUGGACAUUCAGCAGUGGUUUGGGAUGCUUUGAUUAUGGAAAAACCAGCAAGCCAACUGUGUGGUUAGAAGAAAUUCAACUGGUGAGGAUCAUGUUGGGAAAAGCUACUAAAAUUCUGCUUCUCGCGCAACUCUUCUGCAAAGCGUUUGAAGUGGCUUCCCUUUGCCCUUAAUAGCUUGGCUCAAGAAUUUCACGGAGCUUGCGGCCUCCAGCUUUGAAUUGGUGCAUUCAUACGGAGAAGGUUGCGAUGAGGGAGAAGUGCAAGGACUCGUGAGUAUUGGUUGUAAAGCCUGAUCUUUUCUUCAAAGCGAAACCCACUCAGGUGUUUCCAGCCAGGAAAAGAAAAGAAACCAGACAAUUGGAAGCCUGGAAGACUAUUAUCACUUUCAUCACAGCAAGACCAUUAAAAGGUCAACCUUCAGCAGCAGAGGCCCACACAACUUCCUCAGGAUGGAUCCAAAGGUAACAUGGCUGCAGCAACAGGAAGUGAAACGAAGAGUCAAAAGACAUGUUCGAAAUGACCGCCAUUUUGUUUCCUUCAAUGACCCGCUCUGGCCUGAUAUGUGGUACAUGCACUGUGAAGACAACGACAGUGACUGUAGAUCAGAAAUGAAUAUCCUGGCAGCCUGGCAGAGAGGGUAUUCUGGGAAAGAUGUGGUGGUAGCCAUUCUUGAUGACGGCAUAGAGAAAAACCACCCAGAUCUCAUACAAAAUUAUGACCCUCGGGCAAGCUUUGAUGUCAACGGAAAUGACGAAGAUCCAACGCCACGCUACGAUGCCAGCAAUGAGAACAAGCAUGGGACCCGUUGUGCUGGAGAAGUGGCAGCCGCAGCGAACAACUCUAACUGCUUAGUGGGCAUCGCGUACAAUGCAAGAAUUGGAGGCAUCCGUAUGUUAGAUGGCGACGUGACGGAUGUGGUGGAAGCGAAGGCGAUUGGCACCAAGCCCGACUACGUUCACAUCUACAGCGCCAGCUGGGGACCGGAUGAUGACGGGCGGACCGUGGACGGCCCUGGCCCUCUUGCCAAGCAGGCAUUUGAACAUGGCAUUAAAAAGGGUCGUAAAGGACGGGGUUCAAUUUUUGUCUGGGCCUCUGGGAAUGGUGGCAGGGAAGGCGAUCACUGCUCUUGUGAUGGAUACACCAACAGCAUCUACACAGUCUCCGUCAGCAGUACCACUGAGAAUGGGAACAAGCCAUGGUACCUGGAGGAGUGUGCAUCUACCCUUGCUACAACUUAUAGCAGCGGGGCCUUCUAUGAGCGGCAAAUUGUUACCACGGAUCUGAGGAGACGCUGCACAGACGCCCACACUGGAACCUCCGUGUCUGCCCCUAUGGUGGCAGGAAUCAUCGCUCUGGCUCUAGAGGCCAACCCUUCAUUGACCUGGCGAGAUGUUCAGCACUUGCUUGUUAAAACCUCUAGACCUGUACAUCUCUCAGCCCUUGACUGGAAAACCAAUGGAGCUGGACAUCGAGUUAGCCAUUUGUAUGGAUUUGGCCUGGUGGAUGCAGAAGCUCUUGUUGUCGAAGCAAAGAAGUGGCGCACCGUCCCCACCCAGCACGUUUGCGUUGGAGCCUCCAACAAGAGACCUUGGUUCAUUCCCACCAAUAAGACGGUGCGGACGACAACCGUAACCAAUGCCUGCGCCGACCACCAUGACCAUCAUGUUGUCUACCUAGAACACGUCAUAGUACGGGUUUUUAUUACACACCCUCGACGUGGAGACCUACAGAUACACCUGAUAUCUCCUUCUGGCACCAAGUCCCAGCUCCUGGCAAGGAGGCCCCAUGAUGAUUCCAACGAAGGUUUUAGGCCCUGGGAAUUCAUGACUGUCCACUGCUGGGGAGAAAGUGCUGUGGGAGAGUGGACCCUGGAGAUCCAGGAUAAACCGUAUCACGUACGAAACCCAGAAAUGCAAGGGAAGCUGAAGGAAUGGAGUCUCAUUUUAUACGGAACAGCCGAGUCUCCACACUCCAACGUCAGCUCUCAUCACUCCAGGUCAAGGAUGCUGGAGAUGCCAUCGUCUGACAUGGAGCCUUCCAAGACGGCUUUUUUUCAAACCCAUCUGGAUAUGCAGGAGGAAGAGGAGGAAUACACAGGUCCAUGCCAUACGGAAUGUGGUGACCAAGGAUGUGAUGGCCCCAAUGCCGACCAGUGCCUGAACUGUUUCCAUUACAGUCUUGGAAGCAUUAAAACUGGCAGGGUCUGUGUGAAUUCCUGCCCCCCUGGCUACUUUGGGGACAGUGCACAGCGAAAGUGCCGCCGAUGCUACAGAGGCUGCGAAGCCUGCCUUGGGAAGAGCCAGAACCUCUGCGUUGCCUGCAAGCGUGGCUUUUAUCAUCACCAAGAAACCAAUACAUGUGUGACGCUGUGUCCGGCUGGGUUUUACUCUGAUGAAGGACACAGACGAUGUCAGAAAUGUCACCAAAAUUGUAAGAAAUGCCUUGGAGAAAUGGACAGAUGUACUCUAUGCAAAGAUGGAUUCAGCCUUGUAGACAACAACUGCAUUACGGGAUGCAGGCCGGGCAUGCACUUAAUCAAGGAGCCGGUGCAGUGUGAGGGUUGCCAUUCAAACUGCAGGACAUGUGUGGGGCCAAGCCGAGAGGAAUGUUUUCAUUGUGCCCGGAACUUCAAUGUCUAUGAGUGGAGGUGUGUCUCGGCAUGCGGUGAGGGCUUUUACCCUGAAGAAGAGCCCGGUCUCUCACACAAAGUCUGCAGAAGAUGUGAAGAUCACUGUUCAAGUUGUGAGGGCUCUACAGGAAGAUGCACCCGAUGUAAAGAAGGCUUCAGUCUGCUCAGUGGCUCUUGCGUUGCCAGUGACAGAUGCCACAAUGCCGAUGAGAUCUUCUGUGAGAUGGUGAAAUCCCACAAGCUGUGUGAACGCAAGCCUUUUAUACAGUUCUGCUGCCGGACGUGUCUCUUGGCUGGCUAAGCCGAACAUUUAAUAUCCGCCGUCUGGAGGCCCCGUUGUGCCAGCUCCCUAGGACAAAGUUUUCCUGUUGAUUUUUUCCGUCCCCCGGCUUUGGGAAGCUUCAUCCAAUGCUGGCUGAAGCUUCAACUUGCCACUCGGAUUGCUUUAGUAUCGCCUGUCCGUUGGUUCCUCCAGCGUCGCAUCUGGUAGCCCCAAAUCUAAGUAGCAUCACUGCCUUGCUCUGAAAAGGAAAAUGGCCAUGGCAACACACAUCUUUUGCAGGCAUGUCUUGUGAAUGGAGAGUGGCCCACAGCCUGUACGCCCACAGACAGGUCCCUUCCAAACAGGACCUCAGCACAACUGAUUGGGUGACUAUGCAGACUGAAGUUCUUUCGGGCCUUUCCCGUCCCCACUGCCCCCAAAAAGGCAUGCAGCCUUUUAGGCUAGCGCCUGCAUUCCCUGGACUAGCUGCACUAUGGUUGCAUUCAAUUUCACUGCAAUCUAGUGACUUGAAACGCUGCAUCCCAGCAACAUGGUGAUAGAAAACGAAGCACAUGCCCGGAUACUUUUUUUUUUAGUAGUACGCUGGCCUGAGCAAAUUCGCUGGCAGUGACCAAAGAGGCAAGGUCAGAAUCAGAAUCAAAUGUAUUACCGUCGAUGGCCAGACAAAAGAGAUAAUACAACAGUACAGAAUACAAAGAGGCAAGGUCUGGUUGGCAGGAAGAGACGAGAGUCAUCUGCCUCUGGUGCGACUGUCGUAGACCUUCCUCUAUGCUUCCUUCCUCAUGAAAUUGCGGGUAGCAAAUUCAUCUCUUGACUGUGGAUGCAAGCUAGAAUAAUUUCCUCUGCAAUGAAAGAUAAUUCGUUGAUAACCGCCCCCCCUAUAAUCUCCUAUUCCCCCCCCACACUAGUUUUGAUUGAUGGCAUCAUUUUCCAGCCUGCUACAACUUGCUGACAGAAACCUUCCUAUCUGGUGACGGCUCAGUGACUUCUGAGGCAGCCCCUUCCAAGAGACAUUCCAUUCAGCCGGCCAGGAGAGAAAGAAAAUAACCAGUUCUACGGAACAGCCGCUACACAACACAUCUGAAUGUAUUCAAUAUAUAUAUACAUAUAUAAUAUAUUUUAUAGUUUGUCAUGUGGUGUUUAUAUAAUUGUGUUAAAAUAUAUUUGGCUAUGUCUUACGGAAUAUUUUAAAAAAAAUAACUUAUACAGUCAUUGCCUUUCUUCAUAGAUUUUUUAAAUUAUUUUUUACAGGGACAGAAACCUUUUUUAUGACACCUUCCCUUCUAGUGAUAUCUUUGUAAGCUUCAACAAAGAUGUCCCUUUUUUCCUCCUCAGACAUAUGUAAACAACACUACUUAUUUUCUUAGAAUGUCUGUUCUAAUUCACGUUGUCGGCCGUUUUAAUAAGUUAAACCUUCAGCCUGUGAAAUUGGCAGUAAAACGUUAAUUGGCUCUUUACAAAGUGAGUGAGUGUGAGUGUGAGUGUGUAUGUAUUUUCAUCCCCCCUGGCUAAAAUUAAGUUCAGCCUCCUUUAGAUCCAGGCUCUUUAAAACUUGGCUGAAUGAAUAGUGAAAGCCAACACAGUGUUUCUCUUGCAGAAUGGACCAAUGGUAAAAAGUCGACAAGGUGACCACAACUUGAAUAAAAUGUCUAUAGUCCUGAUGAAUUAAUCUGUACCUUUUUUUUUAAUCUAUCGAAGUAAAUUGCUUUAUUUUACUAUGAAGAAUAUCUUAUUUCUGUGCAGUCUGUUGCUGUUCUUGUUAUUUUGGGACCAAACUAUUUUCAUUGAUAAGUUGCAAAACAGGAAUUCUUUUGGCAUGAGAUGCAUCUCGUCCCAUUCAUUAUUCUACACAGUCGCCUGCAUUUUUGUUAUGCUGGCAGCACCCUCUUAAAUGGGGUUCCCAGUGCCCUCCCAAGCAGCCUACUGAUCAGGCCUGCACCCACGUUGCUUCAGUGACGCUGGAGCACCACAUGCCCCCAGUCCGUCCACAGGGCCACACAGGAUGCAUGCGCUCUUGCUUCCAAGUCGCUGGGCUGGGAGGCCAUAUGGGAGCCAUAUGGGAGCAGCUCUUCGAAGGAAGAGCCAAGUGCAAGUGUGCUGAAGAAUAUACAAAUAAAUUCCACCAAAGGAACCCCAGCAUCUGGCCUGCACAACUUGUGACCUGCAAUGCACAGUUCAUGGUCCAUAUAUGGUGGCGCACCAGGGUCUGUUUUUGCUGGCUUGGGGGUAGCUUGACCUAAUGUAGAAGUUAUAGGUGUGUGUGUGUGUGUGUGUGUGUGUGUGUGUGUGUGUGUGUGUGUGUGAGAGAGAGAGAGAGAGAGAGAGAGAGAGAGAGAGAGAGAGAGAGAGAGAGAUGGCUCUGGAUCUGAAGGGAGUUUGACUGCCCAACAUACUCCCUAACCACAUGUGAGAGAAAAUAUCCAAAUGCUUGAUUUUGAAUCAUUAAAUAUUUGUCAGCCUGC